AAAAGAGUCGUGGCAAAACAUAAUCAAGAUGGCGGACAAUGACGAAGUGACGCUUUCGAUUUCAACAGAUAAUUUUCUACGUUUAUAAGCAAAAUGGGGGCUAAACCUUCAUCUUUGAGUGAUCUCCAACACAACCCCGUGCUUCAGAGAUUCACUGGGGACGUGAGUGUUGGAGAAGACAAAGAAUUUUGGGAAGAUCUGCUGUCAUUCUCAUUUAGUGCUCCUUAUAACAGUGCUGAUGCAAGAUUAUUAGAAGAAUCGACAGAGCAAAUAUGCAGAAAUCUAGCAAGUAAUAAUUUGAAAUCCCAGAAUUUUGUUCUCCUGGUGAAGGAAUUUCUUCGAAGAGCCUCGGAACUACAUGAUCCAGAAAAAAGUGAAAACUUUGAGUUGGUGUCUGAAUUGCACAAUGCUCUCCUCCUUAUCCGUAGUUUUUGUAAAUAUUUUAUUGAAGUAUUACCACCGAGUGAUACAGUUUUACAUUUUGGAGGAAUUUUAUCGGCUAAAGUUGAUGAGGAAACAGGGAAGGAGACUUUUUGUUGUACAGAUCUUGGUGUAACUGAAGACUUGCUGUCUGGUUUGUUUGAGGUGCUGCUUAAUAUGCCUACAGAAAGCAACGAUACUUAUGCCAUCCAUAUUGAGGCCAUUAAUACCUUGCUAGUGCUGUUGUCUGUACAAAUGUUUGACAUAUCAGCAUCUUCCUAUAGUAUAUUCUAUCAUGCAAUAAUGAGAGCAAAAAAAUGUAAGCACCAAGCAAGCAAGCUUAUAGGAAUAUUAUUGCAAAAUUUUGCACAGCAGCAACCUACUCCUGACGGCUUAACAAGAAGGAGCAACGCUGGAUGGUUUUCAAGUCUCUGGUCAUGGUUUGGUAGCCAACCAACAGAAGAGGAAACCUUCCAGACCCAGUCCUUAUUGGCCAAUCAGAGCUUACUACUUUUAUUAGUUCUUGUCAAUCAUUGCACUCAGGACAGAAGAGUUUUAAACCCCUAUCGACAAGCUUUGUUUUCCUUCAAUGAUGAAAGAGCAAAAGGUACAGAAGCAAGUGAAGCUUCAUUUUUAUUCAAUAUGGAAGUACUUUAUACAAUUAUAUGCAGUGGACUAGAGUUUGACCAAACCACACUGCUGUUGUAUCUACUGCUACACAGGAACCCCAAUGUUUCAUCUUUUACAUUUGCUAGAAAAGAUAUUGACAAACUAGUAUUACCAAUUCUUAAAUUACUGUAUAGCGCAGAAGACCACAAUGCUCAUCACAUCUACAUGUCUUUGAUUAUUCUCCUUAUCUUAAGUCAAAAUGAGGCUUUUAAUAAAUCUGUACAUGAAAUAACAGUCUCAAACAUUCCUUGGUACACAGAGAGAACCAUCUCUAAUAUCACCCUUGGUGGGCUUCUUGUUCUUGUUGUUCUCAGGACUAUACAGUAUAAUAUGACCAAGAUGAGGGAUAAAUAUCUCCACACGAACUGUUUAGCAACACUGGCGAACAUGUCGUCACAAUUUCAUGCUCUUCACCCUUAUGUUACACAAAGAAUAGUAAGUUUAUAUGCACUGCUCUCCAAGAAACAUGCUAAAGUCAUGGAACUGAUCAAGCAGUUUCCUCAGAAUGGCUCAGCGAAUGGCGCAAGCAAAGAUGACACAACGGAAGAUACAGAUUAUGUUGCAGAUCUUGCUAUUUUAGAAGAAGUAAUACGAAUGGUUCUGGAAAUUAUCAAUUCUUGCGUAACAAACACGCUGCAUCACAAUCCAAACUUGGUGUACACCCUUCUACAUCGACGAGAACUCUUUGCACAGUUCAGAAGCCAUCCGACCUUCCAAGAUAUCAUCCAAAAUAUUGAUACAGUGUUGGCAUAUUUCAGUGCUCGUCUGGAGCAACAUCCCGACCAGACGUUAUCAGUGGGCGUGGUUCUAGACGUUAUUAAACAAGGAGCCUUGCAAUGGCCCAAGGAUAGACUCAAGAAAUUUCCCGAAUUAAAGUUUAAAUACGUGGAAGAAGAACAACCCGAGGAGUUCUUUAUACCUUAUGUCUGGUCGUUAGUUUACAAGUCUUCGCUGUUGUAUUGGAAUCCGGAACACAUCGAGAUAUUCCACCCGGAUUCGUGAUUCUCUGCCUCGAACUUGUUACGAAUUACGUGACAUGACGUAUGCGUUCUGUUUCGUAUGUGUUGCGUUACGUUAUGACGUCACGACAAAUUUGACAGCCAUUAGAAGAGAAAGUAGUCCUUUUGAUAUUGUCUUGACACUAAUACCAUAUAUUAAUAAGCUAUCAAAAUUUUAAUAUUUCUAAAAUAAUCUUUAUAGAAUUAAGAUAGUUGUUCAAUGUAAAUAUACCUAUUUUAAUGUUACAGAAUUUGUCAGGCAAUAAAUAUUACCAAUAACUGA